GUCUUUCUCUGAGGGAACCAGACACUUGGACCUUUGUCACAGACGGAAGAUGGAGACGCUGCUGGUUCUCUGCGUCGCUCUCAGCUUCACCUCAGCUAAAGUUACCACAACAACCACCUCACGGCCGGUUUACAGCACUCGAGAUUUCACCACACACAGUGUAUCCAUGGCGACUGACCAUACCGUCAGCUCGAACAGUGCGACCACGGAGAGACGAACGAGUCACGCCAGGGAGUCAACAGCACACGGGCGCUCCACCAGUCUGCCCGGCAACACCCCGACAACACCAGGCUCCACUGUAACCAUAGGAACCGCGACUGACCAUACCGUCAGCUCGAACAGUGCGACCACGGAGAGACGAACGAGUCACGCCAGGGAGUCAACAGCACACGGGCGCUCCACCAGUCUGCCCGGCAACACCCCGACAACACCAGGCUCCACUGUAACCAUAGGAACCGCGACUGACCAUACCGUCAGCUCGAACAGUGCGACCACGGAGAGACGAACGAGUCACGCCAGGGAGUCAACAGCACACGGGCGCUCCACCAGUCUGCCCGGCAACACCCCGACAACACCAGGCUCCACUGUAACCAUAGGAACCGCGACUGACCAUACCGUCAGCUCGAACAGUGCGACCACCGAGAAACGAACGAGUCACGCCAGUGAGUCAACAGCUCACAGGCCCUCUGCCAGUCUGCCCGGCAACACCCCGGCAAUGGAAACCAGUGACCACACAACACCAGAGUCCACUGUAACCAUAGGAACCAGUCACAGCGUCAGCUCCACUGGCGGAGGAAGCAGUUCCUCCUCUGGACCCCACAGGACAGCCGGCAACUCGGCAACAGCCAGCAACUCGGCAACAGGCAGCAGGUCGCCUGUCUCCGCGUUCCCACAAGAACCAAUCACAUCCCAGAUCACAGACACAAGCCCGACCCCAGCUGCAGCAGCCGGUGGCGGUGUCCCUGGAUGGGGAAUCGCUCUGCUGGUUCUGGCCUCUCUGGUUCUGCUGCUGCUGCUCCUGCUGCUUUUGGCCCUGCUGCUGGGGUGCUGCUGCAGGGGGCGCCACAGAGGCUUCAGCCCCUACAGCCACAUCGACGACGUCCCGCUCUACACCACCCACAGCCGCUUCCAGGGAACCAACGGACCAUACGAGGAGAUGGAGAAGCCGAGUGCGAACCGGACCGGAAUGUACACGGUCAACCAGUAAACAGAAAACAACUAUGACAGAAUUAUUUAGUCAAAAUAUUGAUAUGACAUUAGACACUGUUUUUUUAUUUCUUGUCUCAAACUCU